UCUCGAUGUAAACUAUCGCGUCUCUGUAUUAUGUUUGUAUUAUAUUUUGUGAUUUUACAACGAAAGAUACAGGUUUUCAACUUAGAAUUAUGAUUAGUUAUAAUCUUGAAUAAAGCCUAAAAAGAUAAAAUUCAGGUGUUAUAAUUAUGGCAACUAAAGACUCUGUGGCGGCGCGGCCAGCCCUUCAAGAUGCUAGUAGUCGGGCAAACCAGACCCCCAUUCUUCCGCCUUUGGGCAAGAAAGUUGCCGGACAAUCUCCCGCAACCGAAGCCGCUGUACCGGCCCCGAAGGUCGCUGCUACCGCUGGCAAGAAACGCAAAUCAGAGACGUCGCUAGACGAUGAUAUUGCCGCAUAUAAGCAGGACCUUUCCGACAUCGAAACUGAUCAUCUGUUUAUGGAUAUGAGUUGCAAUCAAGUGAGGGGCAAAAUCAACAAGCUUUUGGAUAGCGACAUGAUGAAGAAAGGCGAGUUCUGCGAUGCCAUCGGCAGCAACUUUAGAAGCCUCAACUUAUUUCUAUCUAAGAGAGGAAGUAUGGAUGGGGCCGGAAGUUCCGUUUAUACUAGCGCUUGGCAAUGGUUCAAACAGCGAGAGAUCGCUAGUCUCAAGAUGCCGGAUGUGAAAAAGCGACAGAAGACCGAAGCUGCCGCUGCCGCUGCCGCUGCCGUAGGGUCCAGUAGCGCCAGCAAGGCCACAAUACCACCAGUUUCCGGGACGGAUAUUAGCAACAUUUCUCUACCUGGCGAAGAGACCGAUUCUGUUCCAGUAUACGACACAUGUGACGAGGUUCGCAAGAAGAUCAACGCGCAUCUCAAAACGCCGGGUUUGACCGCCGCACAGUUUUGCCGUGACAUAUAUGCGCAACUCAGACAGCCCAAAGGUAAAUGUUUCCAGUCGAAGCAACUUGCCGAUUUCCGUGGCAAGAAAGGUGCCAAUGCUGGCUGCACCAGCCCGGUCUUCUAUGCUGCUUAUGUCUACUUCGAGAAGAAACGAAUUGCCGAGGGCAAACCGGAGAGCCAGCAUCGACUCAAAAUGGAGAGCAUCUGGGCCAUGAGGGGGGGCUUUGACCGCGAGCAUGACGGACGAUUUGCCUACCUAACUACAUCUGACAAGCCACUCUGUAUGGAUCAAUACGGGCUGGUUUAUCCCAUCCGAGAUUAAACCGCAAUAGGUAUCCAUUUUUUUGGUUUUCGGGUGACGGACGGGUUAUGGCACAGUAUGGUGACCGAGUUGGAGGGCAAUUCUAAAAUUAGGACGGGUCCCUGCUAUAUACUAUAGAGGAUGGCAACAUCAUUGUAAAAUAAUAUCUUUAUUUUAUCUUAAUCCAGGUAAUUACUACUGGGGGGGAUUGAGGACGUCAAUCGAGUGACAAGAGUCGAGUAGAUUCCGAGGAAAGUCUCAAGCUUGAUAUGAAUGCCUCAACAAGAACCCGACGACAAGGACAAAUGAAAGACGUUUUUAUAUGCUAGAAAACACUAAUUUUUAACGGUAUAUGGG